AUGCUUCAUCGCCCGGAAGCGCUGGAGCUCGUCGCCACGACCGCGGCCGAGUGCUGCGUGGAUGGUUCUGCUGACUUGAUGGAAGUGGUGGUCCAGAGCGCCGGCUUCUCUGAUGGGAACCAGGUGUCCUUCUGGCUGAAUGGAAAGGAGCUUCACUCGACCAGGUCUCGAGGUUUCACGGCCCUGGUGCUGGCCGUCGACGGCGAGGUCAUCGCAGCCCCCGCGAGCUUCGACACCAACCAGGGCUCCGAGGAGUUCGAAGCCUUUUUGGAGAGUUUAGCGCCCAACACCACGGUCCUCCUCGGCGUCUCGGACGAAGCCUCCUCCGGAUUGACCCAGCGCGGCAAGGCCCUGAUCCAAGCCUGUGGUGGCCAGCAGAUUGCGAGCCUGCGCUUCAGGGAUUCCUAUGCUCUCGUCGGGGUCAAGGAUGGCGCUGCGUACGCCGAGGCCUACAUUCCACGCGGUCAAGGCGUGGCCGUGGCCGUGGGCACGCUACCGCGCGUGGAGGUGCCACUGCAAGAGCACGUGCCUUGCGUUGCACGGGCCCCUGUGCCUCCGACGAGGGGCAAGCUCCACUCUUCCGGCAACUUGGAGAUGUACACCGAGGCCGGCAAGUGUCGCUACCCGGUCUAUGAGCCAGACAGCAUCGGGGGUUGUCUGGGAGGAUCAUGGGUUGUCGUCAUGGGCACCUCGAAUGCCCAGCUUAUGGCAAACACCUUGCUGUUUGUGUUGGCCCACGAGGAGGCAAUUCCAUACAUCGAUUUUGGGAGCUACAACUUUCUGGAUUUCAUCCUGGAAGAUGGUCAAAUCAGCUACUUCAACGCUAUCGACUACUCCGUGGCGACCUGCGCGCAGAACUCCUCGGGCCUCAGCGAUCAUGAGCAGCGAUGCAAGGAGAUCUAUGCUGCAGAGCUUGCAAAGGCGCCAGAGCUGCGCCCCGAGAGGGUACGCGUCACGAUGUCCAUCACCUUCUUCUGGGAGCGUGCUCGCUCGAUCAUGGACAUCGUGGAGGCAGACACGGCGUGGAAGGACGCGCAGGUUGGCUACGUGGUCCAGGUUGUCGCCUGGUAUAUCGUGUGCCAGAACAUCAAAUUCCACCUCUGCCCAAGGAAUGAGCUUAAGAGCGACACAGAAGAUGAGACCUUUGCCAAGUUCACCAACGAGAUGGAGAGUGUCUUGGACUACAUGGAGACGACCUGUUCCCCUACAGGGCGAGCAGGGCGAGGUUUCGGCUGCGUCGUUGCCACGAACUCCUUCACCUCAGCCACUGGGUCACUACUGAGUGCCUUCACCCGCUUCAACCAGCAAGUCCUGAACUCGAUGGCGCCACGUGCCAGCACCACCUUCCGCUCGCUGGACAUCUUCGAGGUUGGAGCCUCAAUGCCCGGGGAGACGAUCGCCGGACAUGGCUCCCAGGUGUUACACCUCUGGGUCUGGACGAUAAUUUGGGGGGGCUGGUGCCCUGCGGGCUACCAAGCAGACAAGUGGAAGGUCAACUUCAUCGGCUCCUUAUGCUGGGCUGGAAAUGCAGAUCCAUCGAUUUGCCCGCGAGUCUCUUACGCCAGUGACUGGCACUGCAUCAACAGCAUCCCAUGUAUCAUGGACCCAGUGGAGUCCAUAGUGACCACAGCCGCUCCCAGCAGCACGAUUCCCGUGACGUUGAAGGUUGGGAUGCAGGAUCAAACCGUAUCUCCUGCCGGGGUGCACGUUGCCGGAAGUUUUCAGAGCUGGGAUCCCACAUCGACACAGCUCUCGGACCUCAACCAGGAUGGUGUGUACGAGGUGACGCUGUCUCUGUCUCCUGGGUUCUACGAGUUCAAGUUCAUCAACGGCAACUCCUGGGAUCAUGUGGAAUCUGUGCCUCCAGACUGUCAAGAAGCCGGCUCUGGCCACUCCAACCGAUACCUCUCUGUCAGCAGCGACUCCAUCGGCCAAUCGGUGCAUGUCUGCUUUGGCGGUUGUGCACCAUGCACCGAGACUACGUCCGGCCCAGAGCCCAUCACGACAACUCAAGUGCCUACGACUGCGGUGACAACUGAGGCUGAGACAACCACACGAACAACUACAGCCACAGUAGUCAGCACCACUCUGAGCCAGAGUCGGGUCAAAUACAGCUUUGUCCCCGUGGAUGGCGGAGUGGACCGGGCCUGCCGGGGCGGCAGUCCAGGGGACAACCAAGCUGAGUACUACACAGUCCUCCCAGGCGUUGCGGACCUCGCCGACUGCAAGGAGAGAUGUGAGGCAGCCACGGUGUGUGUCGGGGUGGAAUAUAGCGCUGGGCGCUGUGAGGUUUGGACUCGCAGCAGCGGAAUUCAGGCGAGUAUCAGCUUAACCGGCUUCGUGUGCCUCGGAUAUGUGGCCGAAGAAGCCACCACCACCGUAAGCCCGGCCCCGCCAGACUUCGAGGCCGUCGAUGGAGGCUCGGGUCGCGCCUGCAGGGGCUCCCACGCAGGCGACAACCUUGCCAGCUACUACACGGUCUCGGUGCUUCCAAGCCUCGAGGCCUGCCAGGAAGGCUGCAUGUCCUCGAGCUCGUGCGUGGGCCUCGAGUACAGCCUUGGCCGCUGCGAGCUGUGGACCCGCCUCGGAGGCAUCGGCUCCAGCAUCGCGCUCGACGGGUUCACCUGCCUCCGGCGCCUGCACGCUUCGACGACGACUGCGAGUGUUCCAGGCGGUCGCAGGCUCGCAGCCUUUCUUGCCAGAGAACCUUAA